CAUGCCCAUGCUGUCCAUGCUUCGAAGUUUCGUCGCUGUUGCCGGGCUGCUAAUUUCCGUGAUUCCGAACGUGCGGCCAUUUGGUGUGAUCUGUUGACAGCGUGGGACUUGCUACGCCUUUUUCAGCCGUACUCAGUACCAUUACUGAUGUACGAUGCCAGAAUGCCGAAUCAUGUGUACGGAAGUUUCCUACGCUGGUGACGUACUUUGAGCACUUCAAGUAUCAUAGCAGCAUACUGGCUGGUGCUCUUUGUUCAGUUCAACCAUGUACGGCAGUAUUGAAGACAUAUGAAGCGUUCAGGAGUCAUCUGUUCAGGCACCAUAGGAAAACAAGCAAGCUGCGUACAGAUGGUUCUUCUUUCGUGUGCCCAGUGCCAUCGUGUGCUGUGCUUGAGGCUACGCGCACUAAGUUUAUUUCGCACAUUGCGAACCAUUUAGACAAGGGAACAAAUGUGUGCUGCCCUUUUGUAGGCUGUGUGAAAAUAUUUCAUUCUUCCGCUGCCUUCAGAACACAUGUCUGUCGUUAUCACCGGGAAACUAGGGACAAUUUGCUGUGCCCACAGUUGUCUCAUGUGCCAGGUGCUGAUGUUGAAACUCAGGUUGAAGCUACGUUGCAGCAAUAUGAGUGCGACCAGCUAGUUUGUACACCUGGAGGUGCAUGCCAUGAACAAAGCACUGAUGGCACUGAUAACGAUGAUAGUCUUUUCAGAGAUAACUUCGCUCUUCUUCUCCUCGGGCUAGAAUCAAAACGGCAUGUCCCAGCAAGUACAAUACAGUAAUUACUGAAAGAGAUGCAGAACAUUCACAACCUAAGCCAGCAGAUGGCAUUGAAGAAAAUUGCAAAGGUUGUCUCGGCUGAUGUGCUAGCCACCAUCCAGUCACACUUAAUCAAAGAUGACCAUAAUGAUGUAGCUUCUGUGACAAUGAGGUCAUCUUACUGUCGGCACAAGUACUACAAGACACACUUUCAGUUUGUGCCACCAAGUGAAAUCAGUCUGGGCUUGAACAAACAGAACUUGGCCUCUGUGUACCAUUAUGUACCUAUCGAAAGCCUCAUUCAGUUCUUAAUGUCAUCCGCACCAGCCCCUCAGCCAAACAUGGUUGAGACUUCGUUUGAUUUAAUUUCGGGCCAGGUUUUCAAACAGUCACAGGAAAACGAAAUACAAGUUGUCUUGUACCAGGAUGAAUUUGAGAUAGCAAAUCCUUUGGGUUCUGCUAGAGGAAACUUUAAAUUGCUUGGUGUAUAUAUGACCCUCGGAAAUUUGCCUCUCCACUGCAGGCUACAAACUGCAAGCAUGCAGCUUGUGAUGCUUUGCCGUCAAAGGCAUGUGAAGGAGUUCAGCUUAGGUCAAGUUCUGCGACCUUUGACAGAGGACUUGGUCAGACUAGAAGCAACUGGCAUGAUAAUAAAUGGAGUAAAGCACAAUGUGCGCUUAAGUUUCAUAGUUGGGGAUAACCUCGGGAGCCACGCAGUUGGAGGCUUCACUCAAAACUUCAGUACGUCGGUGUAUUUUUGUAGGUAUUGUUUAGUUCGACGGUCAGAAUUUCAGCAGAUGCCUCAUGUAGUUGGUGAGAGACGAACACCAGAAAACUACAAUGAAGCUCUUGAACGCCUUGCAAUGCGCAAUACUGGCGAUAGUGAGCAGGGUAUUGUAUGCAACUCUCCCUUUCAUGCUUUAAAGCAUUUCCAUGUGUGCAAAUAUGGCUUGCCGCCUUGCAUUGGCCAUGAUUUAUUUGAAGGUGUCGUACGGCUUGACCUGGCGCUUUAUCUCAAAUAUUUUGUAAAGCAAAGGCAUUGGUUUACAUAUGAUUAUUUAAACCACAGAAUUGCUGCAAUGAAAUACUCUGCAAAUGAUGUGCGCAACAAGCCGGCAGUGGUGUCCAGUCAGGGUGACAAACUUACUGGUCAUGCCAUUCAAAUCUGGACAUUUCUCAGAUUGUUGCCAUUGUACAUUGGCAAUAAAAUUGCGGAUCGAGAUGACCCCGUAUGGGAACUUGUAAGAAUGCUUGCAGAAAUAGUGGACGUUGUCAUGGCAACCAAAAUAACAUUGGCUCAAGUGGCAUACCUAAAGGUUCUGGUUGAAGAGUAUUUAACUUCUCGAAUUGAAUUAUUUCCUCUUCAGAAAUUGAAGCCGAAGCAUCAUUAUAUGCUGCACUACAGUGAGCUGAUCGAGGAGUUUGGGCCUCUUGUCCAUGUGUGGACAAUGAAGUUUGAGGGCAAGCACCAAUACUUCAAGGAGUGCAUUCGCUCCGUCAGGAAUUUCAAAAAUGUCACGAAGACCUUGAGUGAAAAGCAUCAGUUGUACCAAUUUCUUUUUAGCAGCGCAAGGCUUGUUCCAUACUGUAGGGGGGAGUUCGUGGAUAUGAGCCAGGAUGAGCAACAUGCAUUAAAUAUCAGUUGGAGGCACAGCCAGAUACUUCACAAAAAUGUUUUGUUGAAAAAAGCUGUAGUGAAUCGGCUUGUCUGCAUGGUUGGCAGUUAUGUUCUUAUAUCGGAUACGAAGUAUGAUGUGACAUUUGGUCUUCUGAUUGCUGUUGCAUAG